UUGGAUGGCGAGACCUCGACUUCCCUAAAAUUGCGUCAUUUCGAACCCAAUUUGGUCCAGAUGUUAUGGACUCCGACGGGUUACCGUCUCGGAAACUCUAUCACGCAAGCAAAAGGCGAGGGGGAGGCUAAUUAAAUAUUGAGCAGAAAGUCGCGUGGGGAGAGUGUCACGUGGCUCUCCAGGCUCAUCACGCCUGAGAUAAAUAAGGCGAAGCAGGAGCAGGGACUAGAGCGCACUCGGACCAGCUCCACUCCAGCACCGCGGCGGAGGAGAGCGAGGAGCGCCCAGCAAGUGCGCACCUGCGGAGCAUCACCGGGUCCGACCGCAGUGAGUACCACUCCCGCCUGCCAUCUGCCGCUGCCUGGGGCCCGUCGUGCCUUGGUCAGAGGUGGCGUCCGCCCGGGGUUUGCACCUGCAGCAGCCACAGACCCGGAGAGAAACUGUGCAAAUACCAACACCUCUCUUUGUCUGCCUUCAGGCUUCGGAGUGUGGGUCAGUGGGUAGGGGGCUGGGACGUUGAGAGGCAAAGAGAGGAGGACUUGAGGCUCUUUGGCACGUCAGUAGCCUUCUUAAAGGGUUUGGAGAAAUGUUCGACCUGAAAUCCAACAUGAAAAUCCUCGUGGCGGUGGCGGUCUUUUUUCUCGUUUCCACUCAACUGUUUGCAGAGGAAAUCGGUGCCAACGAUGAUCUAAAUUAUUGGUCCGACUGGUCCGACAGUGACCAAAUCAAGGAGGCAAUGCCGGAGCCCUUUGAGCAUCUUCUUCAGAGAAUCGCCCGAAGACCCAAGCCUCAGCAGUUCUUUGGAUUAAUGGGCAAACGGGAUGCUGGGCAUGGUCAGAUCUCUCACAAAAGGCAUAAAACAGAUUCCUUUGUUGGACUAAUGGGCAAAAGAGCUUUAAAUUCUGUGGCUUAUGAAAGAAGCGCAAUGCAGAACUACGAAAGAAGGCGUAAAUAAACCCUGUAACGCACUAUCUAUUCAUCUCCAUCUGUGUCCGCGAGCAGUGAGCGGUAAAAUAAAAAUGUGCGCUAUGAGGAAUGAUUAUUUAUUUAAUAUCAAAUGUUGUUAUGAGUGAAAAACUCAAAAAAGUGUUUAUUUUUUCAUAUUGUGCCAAUAAGCAUUGUAAUUCUAAUGUGGUGACCUCCUCAGACAGAAGUAGAAAUUAGUUGUAACUUCAGCAAAGCACAGUGUUGAUGGAGUUGUACAAGUUUGCCAGCGAUGCAGUCUCCAAAGACAGAAAGGCUGCUGUGAGGCAGUGCAGGCGGCUGCUGCUGGAGGCAGAGAAACUCCUGUGUGUCUUGCGCUUCCCUUGGUUGCUUUUAUCCUAAUGAUGUACUGAGAGUUUGGUAUCUGACUCUAUUUGUAUCCUAGCAGCAUGUUUCCUGUGUUGUGACUAUAUAGAGAUGUUUUUAAAAGUUUCAAUGUACUUCUCUGGUCUUCAGUCAUUGUAUGAUGUGUUGUGAUAGCUACCAUUUUAAAUAAAAGAAUGUAUCUUCAGGAA